GAUAUUUAGCCACACCUCGCGGGUCCAGCUCCCCCAAACAAGAAUGGAUAUAAGUUAACGAUGACUGGAGAGAAAAAGAAGAAAAAGCGGCUGAACCGCAGCAUUCUUCUAGCAAAGAAAAUCAUCAUUAAAGAUGGAGGCACUCCACAGGGCAUUGGAGAGCCUAGUGUCUACCAUGCGGUGGUGGUUAUUUUCCUGGAGUUCUUCGCCUGGGGACUUCUCACCACUCCCAUGCUUGCGGUCUUACGUCAGACAUUCCCCCAGCACACAUUCCUGAUGAACGGACUUAUUCAUGGAGUCAAGGGCUUGCUGUCUUUCUUGAGUGCUCCAUUAAUUGGUGCUUUGUCAGAUGUGUGGGGUCGGAAGUCCUUCCUGCUGCUCACGGUGUUCUUCACCUGCGCCCCCAUCCCGCUCAUGAAGAUCAGCCCAUGGUGGUAUUUUGCAGUUAUCUCCAUGUCUGGAGUGUUUGCGGUCACAUUCUCUGUGAUCUUCGCGUAUGUGGCUGAUAUCACGCAGGAGCAUGAGAGGAGCACAGCGUAUGGCCUGGUAUCAGCCACAUUCGCAGCCAGUCUGGUCACCAGUCCGGCGAUCGGGGCGUAUCUGUCUGAGGUGUACGGAGACACUCUAGUGGUGAUCCUCGCCACGGCUAUUGCUCUGCUGGACAUCUGCUUCAUCCUGGUGGCGGUUCCGGAGUCUCUGCCUGAGAAGAUGAGACCAGCCUCUUGGGGAGCUCCUAUUUCCUGGGAGCAGGCAGAUCCAUUCGCUUCUUUACGUAAGGUGGGCCAGGACUCCACAGUUCUCCUCAUCUGCAUCACAGUCUUCCUGUCCUACCUGCCUGAGGCGGGACAGUACUCUAGCUUCUUCCUCUAUCUCAGACAGGUCAUUGGAUUUACAUCAGAAACAGUUGCUGCGUUCAUUGCAGUUGUGGGAAUCCUGUCCAUCUUGGCUCAGACGGUUGUCCUGGGGAUCCUGAUGCGCUCCAUAGGGAAUAAGAACACUAUCCUGUUAGGCCUCGGCUUUCAGAUCCUACAGCUGGCCUGGUAUGGCUUUGGCUCUCAGCCCUGGAUGAUGUGGGCUGCUGGUGCCGUUGCUGCCAUGUCCAGCAUCACCUUCCCAGCAAUCAGUGCCAUUGUGUCCCGCAACGCAGACCCUGAUCAGCAAGGUGUGGUUCAGGGGAUGAUCACAGGAAUCAGAGGACUGUGCAAUGGUCUCGGUCCAGCGCUCUAUGGCUUCGUCUUCUACCUGUUUCACGUGGAGCUCAGUGAAAUGGACCCUGCAGAGAGUCCAGAAAAGGGUGUCAAACCCAACAUGGCCAAUCCCACAGAUGAGAGUGCCAUCAUCCCCGGCCCUCCAUUCCUGUUCGGGGCCUGUUCGGUGCUGCUGUCUCUGCUGGUGGCCCUUUUCAUCCCAGAGCACAACGGCCUCAACCUGCGGCCUGGCAGCUACAAGAAGCACAACAACGGCGCACAGAGCCACUCACACAGCUCUCAAGGCGGACAAUGCGAGGGCAAGGAGCCUCUACUGGAGGACAGCAGCGUAUAACCACACUGAUGAGGGGGGACGGGCACCCACCCCAAACCCCUCACACCUUCUUACACACCCUGUCCUGUUCCCCCCGCAGCUCAAUAACAUGAGCAGCAGGAGCCAAAGCACACUUUACAAGUGCGGAACUGGGCCAACCGGGAGCUGAACCUUGGCCCUGAGGAACAGGAAGAGGAGCGAAGGACAUCUUGUCUUGCACAAGUGAGGAGAAUUCAAGCAGACGCCCUUGUGAUGACGGACUUGGUGAAGGUUUUCCUCAUUUUUACUGUUACAUAGUUUUGUUUUUUCUCCCUUUCAGAUUUUCAACAAUGUAAAUGUUCCUUGUCCCAAAGACCUGGUAACUGUAAUAAUAGGGAACAUGUCUGUCGUGACGUCACAGGCUAACUUUUGAUGUGCUGCUUUCUUACUGGUUCCUCUUGGUUUUGUACUUAACUGAUCGAAAGGCACUUCUGGAGAAGAACGUGUCCCUUUUGUUUUGUUGUUUUGAGGAAAAGCAAUCAAGAAAAGACAAGAAAGAAGGUCAUCUGCAUCAAUUCACGCAGAUCUGUCAUGUUUUUGAUCAAAUCACUUGUACCUUCUCUACAUUUACAUUGUGUCAAAAUGCGUACAGGGGGAGAUAAAGUUGCCUUUAAGGGACUUUUUAUCGCAAUCACCAAACCCAGAUGACGACGUCGCUCUGAGAAGGGUCAAUCGUAUCGCUCUUUUUAAGAGCCUGCGCAUAUUUGGUUUGCUUUCAUCGCAGUCGGAGCUCCCUGUGAACGUCAAUACUGCCACCAUAUGACAGGCUUGCAGGAUUACGAGUUUACUGACGGUGCGCAUUAGUUGUCAUAUUUACCGCGAGCACUGACGUAGGCGGAACGGUGAUUGGAUGAGCUCCGCUAGAUCCAGUCGAUUAAUAUCACACAUGCUGCUAUAUUGUAGGAUGUACAAGGUUACAAAGUUCUGUGGUAUUAUGCUAGACUCUCAACGUGGUAUUUCUAUUAGAGCUGAGCUUUUUCCGGCACGUCGUUGUUAUUUUAGACCUCCCCUGAUUCUGUGGCCGAUUUCUAUUUGCGGUGCUUUUUUCUUUCUUUCUGGUGAGACAAACUUUGAGUACUUUUAUCAGAUCUCUCAAAAUGAAAACUUAAUUUUCCAGAAAAAACCUCAAGUGCAUUCAGAUCGCUUUUGUUUUUUUGUUUUUUUAAACCAAUCUGUUUAUUUGGUUUUAGGUGCCAUACCUAUGACUUUAUUUCUGUCUGUGUCUGUCUGUCUGUCUGUCUGUCUGUGUGUGUGUUUUUAUUCAUUUCUGUAUUUCAGUUCCUGCUAUUUGUAUACUUUUUUUUUAUUACUGUUUUCAGGACAAAUUUACAAGAUGUUUCACAGGCUUAGUCAUUGUGAAUUGGUUUUAAGCUAACAUUUCGGACCAUUUCCGUUCUUUGAAAAUCUUACUUAAAAUGGAGUGAAGGAUUUUUUUCAUGUUUUUGCAUUCAUCUGUAUGACCAAACUUGAAUGGAUUUUUUUCUGUUGAAUAUCUUUCUAUCUUUCUAUCUUUCGUUCUCUUCAAUGUUUUGUACCUGCAGAUUCACUCCUCUCCACUAGCCACUAACUUGCAAAGAAAUCUGGUGUUUGCCUCUGAAAAAAGCCAAUUAAUUUGUGCCUAAAAUGUGCUCUAAAAGAAUAGAAACCGUAUAUGUGAAUGGUGAACCGGCUGUAAAUAUUAGGAACUAAUUGAGAAACUAUUUAUUAAAAGUUUAUUGAUAUUGAA